AUUAUCUAAUGAGGAUCUUUUAAGAAGUGCCUGGGAAAAAAUCCAACAGAUUAAUAUUCUUGAUUCAUACCGUUAUGGUCUGUGCAAAACUGCUUUUGAGUUAUUGCUAGAUGCAAUAGAAGAAAACAGACUAAGUACCUUAGGAUUGCCAACCAAACGGGAAAUAUUGAAUUAUUUAGAAACCAAAAGGUCAAAUAUUAGACCAAACUACCAAGUAGAUUUUGGAUUUUCUUCUCAUCAACUACAAGUUGUAGAAAUCCAUAGCCUAAUUUAUCCCGAUCAACCUUUUAAUUUUCAAACUCUCAGAGCUGAAAUCAAAAGAUUAAAAAUCCAAGAUUUAAGUAGCCAAAUUCCCUUAAAGAAACAAGAAUUAGAACAGCUAAUUAAUACUGCUAAGGAACAACUUACUAGAGCCGAAAGUUAUAUUUUAAAACAAUUACUCCAAAAGCACUCUAGAAUUCUUCAAGCUAACGACAACUCUGAUGCUGAGGGAUUGAAUGAACUUAUAGAGAUUUUAAAUGAAACAUUAAUCCAAGAAGAAUUACAAACUCUUUUAAAUAAACAACAUGAAAUAUUUACUUUAGAAAAACAUCUAGAGAAUUUACAAACUGAAAUAACUAUUGGUUUAUAA